UCGACGAGAUGACCCGCCAGGCUUCCGCUUCUGGCCCUCUUUCUGAUGUCAUUGCUGUUGUGUGUUCUUUCUCCCUCUUGGCUUUUUGCUCCUCUCAGUUUGUUGCCGAUCUUUUCCCGUCUAUCGCUCUAGUGCGCUCGGCCUGCUCUCUGCGGUUCUUGCUCUUGUCGGAAAUUUGGACAAGAUGGCGCCCAAGGCCUCGCCUUAUGGGGCUGCCCACGCCGACGCUUCCACCUCUUUGGCGUUUAAGACCUUGGGCGCGCUCCUUUGGGUGACUGGGCUCGCCUGUGGCCUUGGGCCUUCUCUCUCAUGCGCAGCAAGGUGACCCGCUUCAGCCUUGACAGCUCUCAGCGCUGUCGAAGUUCCUUGGCUUUUAGAACCGUGAACACCCCCCGAGCCGGUUCGCCGUCUUGUCCAUUGCGGUCGCUUUUUU